UAAUUUCAUAUUCGGGAUUAUGAAAACCAAGAAAUCGGUCGCCUCCUCCGGACGUCGGGCUUGAUCGUCAUCUUCAUAGUAGAAGAGUAAGGAAGCUCAUCGUCUAUGUACCGGCAUAUCUUCGGAUUUCGCUAAGAAUCGAAGUUACUAUUUGCUAUUACAGACUAGCACACUUUUUUCCAAAGUUUGAAGCCGACAAUGGAUGGAGAGGAGUUGACGGAGCAGGAAACUCAAUUGUAUGACCGCCAAAUUAGGGUUUGGGGUGCGGAUGCACAGAGGAGUUUCGUUGUGGGGUUUCGCUCGUAGGCUGAGCAAAGCUCACGUUCUAGUAUGUGGAAUGAAGGGGGCUGUUGCUGAGUUCUGCAAGAAUGUCGUUCUUGCUGGGAUCGGUAGUUUGACAUUGGUGGACAACCGUUUGGUGACGGAAGAAGCCCUUUCUGCCAAUUUUCUAAUCCCACCUGAUGAGAGUGUUUUUGGCGGGAAAACUGUGGCUGAGCUUUGCUGUGAUUCUUUGAAAGAUUUCAACCCGAUGGUACGAGUUUCAGUCGUAAAAGGUGAACCAUCGAGCUUUGAUGAAGAAUUUUUGAAGACGUUUGAUGUUAUAGUUGUCAGCUGUUGCUCCUUGGCUGAAAAAGUAAAAUCAGUCAAUGAGAAAUGCCGAAAGUUACCCAAGCGCAUAUCAUUUUAUACCGUUGACUGUAGAGAUUCCUAUGGUGAAAUAUUUGUUGAUCUGCAAGACUAUAAAUAUGCAAAGAAAAAACUCGAGGACACUGUGGAAUGCCAAUUAUCAUAUCCAAGCUUUGAGGAAGCAAUUUCAGUACGCUGGAAAGCACAUCCCAGAAAAGUUUCAAAGCUAUUUUAUGCAUUAAGAGAAUCAAGGACAGUGAUCUUCGUCUCUAUACCGGCGUUGAAUUCCAAUCAUCUUUAUCCUGUCGAACUGUUUUUUCCUCAUGUAUUAUGCCCCGACUAUAGCAACAGCGGUUUUCUCAUGGGUGCAGUGAUAGAACGGUUUGAAGAGGCUGAGGGAAGAAAUCCAGGAGAGACUUCAAUAUCCGAUCUUCCUGGGGUCUUGAAGUUGAAAAAGGAUCUCUGUGAGUCACAGUCGCUGAAUGAAGCUCACAUUCCCAAUGUCCUCCUAGAGAGAUUGGUGACUAAUCCAACGGAAUUCCCUCCUGUUUGUGCUAUUAUUGGAGGAAUUCUAGGGCAGGAAGUAAUUAAAGCUAUUUCUGGGAAGGGGGAUCCCCUUAAGAAUUUCUUCUACUUCGACGCUGUUGAUGGAAAGGGUAUCAUAGAGGACAUAUCUAGCCAGCCCUAACAAGGGAUGCUUAUCGAUCUCGUUUUAAAGCACUUCAUAGGAGAUUCUGGUCGCGGUUGGUGAAAAUUUUUAACCUUUCGAACUAACUUCUAUAGAUUUUGAAUUGGAUGGAAUUGUAAUAUUUGUGGAUUUUUAGUUAUUGUACUUCUUUUUAACUUUAACAGCCUUUUUGUAAAAUCGAAGUUAUGCAUUUAAGGACUGCGUUGCAUUAGCCUUUA